AUGGGGCCUGGUCUUAAAGUUCUUGUCCUCGACCUCUGCGAGAAUCUCAGCCUACAUCUUUCGUCUCCUCUAUCGGUUUAUCCCGAGCUCACCGACUUCUACUUGUCCGGCUCGGUGACGCAGACCUCCGCUCCCCUCUCUCAUGAGCGGCUCCGGUGUAUAGCUAUCUACCACCCCGACGCUGCCUAUGAUAUGGGACCAUUUUUGACGACCUCGGGUUCCCUCCCCUCUCUUGAAGAAGCAGCGAUUUAUCUAGACAACAAGACGGCAGAGCACUUGCCUGGAUUCCUCCUUCGUUCAAAAUGCUCGCUAGCCUGUCUCGGAUUUAUCAACCCCUGUUUUGGCGCUAAAGGCUCAGUUGAGCAGGAGCAGAUGAAGGGGAUAGGGGCCAAGAUUGCUCAUGAUUUGAGUGUUCUGACGGUGGAAUACGAACCUGAGUGGAGUAAGAUGCGGAUGAUGCAAGAGUUCAAGGCUAUGUGGUAUGCGUGA